AACCAGAGAUCAGUCAGAAUUCGGCGCUGCUCCCAAGCGCUAGCCUCAUCCUAGAGAGAUUCGAUCAGCAGUUGGCAGUCCGCAGCUCCAGUUGGAUAUGUUCAAGUUAGUCGGUGUGACGCUGCUCCUGGUGGUGGUGGUCCUUGGGCGACCGGAGCCACCAGUCAACUCGUAUCUACCGCCAUCCGAUAGCUAUGGAGCACCGGGUCAAAGUGGUCCGGGUGGCAGGCCCUCGGACUCCUACGGCGCUCCUGGUGGCGGUGGCAGACCCUCGGACAGCUAUGGAGCUCCAGGAUUGGGUCAGAAUCAGGGUCAGGGACAAGGACAAGGUGGCUUUGGCGGCAAACCUUCGGACUCGUAUGGUGCUCCUGGUGGCGGAAACGGCGGUGGAAAUGGCAACGCAGGCGGUCGUCCUUCGAGUAGCUAUGGAGCUCCUGGUCAGGGCCAAGGUGGCUUUGGCGGACGCCCCUCAGACUCUUAUGGCGCUCCUGGCCAGGGACAGAAGCCCUCGGAUUCGUAUGGUGCUCCUGGUGGCGGCAAUGGAAACGGAGGACGCCCCUCGAGCAGCUAUGGCGCUCCUGGCCAAGGACAAGGCAACGGAAAUGGCGGUCGUCCUUCGAGCAGUUAUGGUGCUCCCGGUGGCGGAAACGGCGGUGGUCGUCCUUCGGAUACCUAUGGCGCCCCUGGGCAGGGCCAAAAUGGCGGUGGUCGUCCCUCGGACUCUUAUGGCGCUCCUGGUCAGGGCCAAAAUGGCAAUGGCGGAGGUCGUCCUUCGAGCAGUUACGGAGCUCCUGGAGCUCAGGGUCAAGGUGGAUUUGGCGGACGUCCCUCGGAUUCUUAUGGUGCUCCUGGUCAGGGCCAAAACGGCAAUGGCGGAGGUCGUCCUUCGAGCAGCUAUGGAGCGCCAGGAUCAGGACCUGGUGGCCGACCCUCCGACUCCUACGGACCCCCAGCCUCGGGAUCUGGAGCUGGUGGCGCUGGCGGUGCUGGUGGUGCUGGCGGCAGUGGAUCCGGACCUGACUACGAAAACGAUGAGCCCGCCAAGUACGAAUUUAAUUACCAGGUUGAGGACGCGCCCAGCGGACUCUCGUUCGGGCAUUCAGAGAUGCGCGACGGUGACUUCACCACCGGCCAGUACAAUGUCCUGUUGCCCGACGGACGGAAGCAAAUCGUGGAGUACGAGGCCGACCAGCAGGGCUACAGGCCGCAGAUCCGCUACGAGGGAGAUGCGAAUGAUGGCAGUGGAGCCAGCGGUCCCGGCGGUCCCGGCGGCCAGAAUCUCGGUCCCGAUGGCUACUCCAACGGACGUCCUGGAAAUGGCAAUGGCAAUGGAAAUGGCGGUUACUCCGGAGGACGACCAGUUGGUCAGGAUUUGGGUGCAGGUGGCUACUCUGGUGGUCGUCCAGGUGGUCAGGACUUAGGUGCAGGUGGCUACUCUGGAGGACGUCCAGGAGGACAGGACUUAGGUGCUGGUGGUUACUCUGGAGGACGUCCAGGUGGUCAGGAUUUGGGUGCAGGUGGCUACUCUGGUGGUCGUCCAGGAGGUCAGGACUUAGGUGCAGGUGGCUACUCUGGUGGUCGUCCAGGAGGCCAGGACUUAGGUGCAGGUGGCUACUCUGGAGGACGUCCUGGUGGUCAGGACUUAGGUGCAGGUGGCUACUCUGGUGGACGUCCAGGAGGUCAGGAUCUGGGACCAGGUGGCUACUCCAAUGGCAGACCAGGCGGCAAUGGAGGCCAUGGCAACGGCAACGGCAACGGAAACGGCGGCUCCGAAGGCGGACGUGUGAUCAUCGGUGGACGUGUGAUUGGCGGUGGUCAGGAUGGCGGCGGUGAUCAGGGCGGCUACUCUGGCGGACGUGGCGGCGGCCAGGACCUGGGCCGCGAUGGCUACUCCGGCGGUCGUCCAGGCGGUCGACCCAAUGGCCAGGACAACCAGGACGGCCAGGGAUACUCGAGCGGCAGGCCGGGCGGUCAGGGAGGAGGCAGGAAUGGCUUUGGACCCGGCGGUCAGAACGGCGACAACGAUGGCAGCGGUUAUCGGUACUAGAAACGACUCCCCAGGCACAUUAAGCUAGAUACAUCCCCCGAACUUAUAGCAGUACCUAGUUGUAAGUCCUCUUAGAACUAUGUCCAUUGUCUGGCCCACAUCCUUCGACAUGUCCUUGUGCCCGUCCAUUCUUAUUCUACUUCUCGCUGCCCAUUCUGUCCAUUUUCACUUCUCUCAUCCUCGUAGUCUUAAGCCCCUGUUGUUGUAAAUGCAAGCGCGAAAAAUAACCCAAAAAAAGAACGAAAUGAUAAAGCUAUUUCUGAUGUAA